AUGACUAUUUGCCUUCUUGGUUUUACUUCAAAAAUGCCGUUUUCAAACUUAGCCGUGAUAUCAGCAGUUUUAACACUACGAGGAAGUGUGAUAGCACGAACGAAACUUCUAUGUCAACGUCCCUUGAAUGU